GAGAUCCGGCGCUUCCGAAGUGUGCUGCUCUCUGGAAGAUGUGUUAGCCGCGGAGAGCGGGGAGGGAGCUCCAACCCGCACACAACAGGAGGCAUGCACUAGCUGCAUGAGGGGCGGAGGGAGCAGAGAACCAGUCACAGGGAGAUACAGGCAACAGGGAGGGGGGGUGAGAGGUGCAGGGGCAGCCCCCCGGGGGUUGCAGGGCUCGGCGGGGGAGGGAAGCAGCCGCGAUCCCCGGGGCCGGAGGGAGCUGCAGCCGGCGCUGGGGUGAGGAUGAGGAAGACCGCGGCAUCCAGCAAGCGGGGAACACAAGAGGCGAACCCACCCCCUGCGCAGCUGGAGAAAUGCGGCUGGAUCCGGAAGUACUGCGGAAGAGGGAUAUUUCGGGAGAUCUGGAAGAGCCGGUACCUGACACUGAAGGUGGAUCAGAUGUACAUCUCGGAGAAGGAGAGCAAGGACGAGAAGUCGGCGCUGGAGAGGUUCGACCUGACCGACUACGACAAGUGCGAAGAGCUUCGCAAGUCAAAGAGCCGCAGCAAGAAGAACCACAGCAAGUUCACGCUGGUGCGCAGCCGGCAGCCGGGCAACACGGCGCCCAACCUCAUUUUCUUGGCGCUCAGUCCCGAGGAGAAAGAGUCCUGGAUUAACGCCCUCAGUACUGCCCUCAGCAGGGCCAAGAAUCGCAUCCUGGAUGAGGUCACUGUGGGUGAGGAGAGUUUCCUAGCUCACCCGACCCGGGACAGAGUGAAGAUCCAGCACUCCCGCCGCCCCCCCACCCGUGGGCACCUGACGGCCGUGGCCUCCACCUCCACGUCGGACGGGAUGCUGACCCUCGACCUGAUCCAGGAGGAGGACGGCGAGCAGCCGCGGCCAGAGAGCGACCCCGAGGCGGCGCCGGGCCCCGGGGGCCCCGGGCGGCAGCGGCAAUCGGCCGCCUCCUUGGACCAGGACACCCCCCCGGAGCCCUGGAGCCCGGGCUUCGGCCAGCGGGGCAAGUGCGUGUCGGAGGAGACGCUGCUGGGGCCCGGAGCCAGCGGCCGGGGCAGCUCGGAGGGCGAGCGGCUCGCCCGGGUCCGGGACCUCGUCGCCCUCAAGCUGCAGAGGACUCAGCUGCUGCUGCUGGAGUCGCAGCCCCGCAGGCAAGGCCCCGGCCCCGGCUCCGGCUCCGGCCUGGGCCCUGAGCCCGACGCCCGCCUCCAGGCCCAGGGCCUGCUGGCCGAGGCCCUGUCCAACUGGAGCCAGGCCCAGCAGGUGCUGGAGGAGAUCCAGGAACUGAGGCAGCUGUGCGGGGAGCCCGAGCCCGGCACCGCCGGCCGCAGGGGACUGAUGUGAGGGCCCGGGAGCGGCCCCUCCAGCCCCACCUCCUGUCCUGGGGGGGCGGUCCCAUCGGCGUUAGGGGCGGGGCCUCUCAUUGCAGAGGGCGGGGCCUUCAUGUG